GGAAAGAAGAGGUCACUUGGGAAACUCCUCCCCAAGCAUAAAACCCCGUGGUACUACGCCUUUUGUAAGCUAUUUCAGCCCAGAAUGGCUAUGGAACCCAGAGCUAUUUCAACUUUAAAACCUCAGGAUCAUCAAGAAGAUUUAAUACUAGUGAAAAUAGAAGAUAGCAGCUUUUCUUGGAGUCAGAAAUGUAAGCAGAGCGGGAGUGCCCAAUCUUGCCAAGAGCUGUUCCGCCGGCAGUUCAGGCAGUUUUGCUACCAUGAGACGCCUGGGCCCCGAGAGGCUCUGGGCCGGCUGCAGGAGCUCUGCCAUCAGUGGCUGAUGCCGGAGGCGCACACCAAGGAGCAGAUCCUGGAGCUGCUGGUGCUGGAGCAGUUCCUGAGCAUCCUACCUGAGGAGCUGAAGCUGUGGCUGCAGCAGCACGCUCCAAGCAGCGGCGAGGAGGCUGUGGCUCUGCUGGAGGACUUGGAGAAAGAGUUUGAUGAUCCGGGGCAGCAGGUCCCAGAUAGUCCACAAGGACCAUCAGUGUCAUGGAAAGAUUUGACAUAUCUCAAAACUUCCCAAGAUGUAACAAGCAUCCAAGCCCGGCCUUUGAAGACACAGCUGAAAUCCUGGAAAUCUUGCCUUUCUGCUAAAAGUGAUUCUAGGAACAAUGAAAAAACAGCAGAAGAGGACAUUUCAGAAGAGCUGUCACCGGGACUGUCUUGGGAUCCUUCAGUUAGAGGUGUUAGUGGGCACAAAAGCAGCUUAGAGUGGCAGCAAACAAGUUCCCCUCUCCACGGGGGCAGUUUCAGUCAAGUGAUCUUCACGCACAAAUCCUUAGCAAAGAGAGACCAUCAUGAUGAGUCUCAGAGAUGCUUAAUUCUAAGUACAAACUCGGUAACCUGUCAGAAAGUCUCUACAGAAGACCGACCUUACAGGUGUGAUGUCUGUGGACACAGCUUUAAGCAGCAUUUCUCUCUCACACAACACCAGAGAAUCCAUACUGGAGAAAAGCCCUAUAAAUGUAGUCAGUGUGGGAAGGCCUUUAGUUUGAGGUCAUAUCUUAUUAUUCAUCAGAAAAUCCAUAGCGGUGAAAAAGCAUACGAAUGUAAUGAAUGUGGGAAAGCCUUCCAUCAGAGCUCAGCCCUCACUAGACACCGGAAAAUCCAUACAGGUGAGAAGGCUUGUAGAUGCAAUGAGUGUGGCAAAGCAUUCAGUCAAAGUUCUUACCUAAUUAUACAUCAAAGAAUUCACACUGGUGAGAAACCCUAUGAGUGUAAUGAAUGUGGAAAAACCUUUAGUCAGAGCUCAAAGCUUAUUAGACACCAGCGAAUUCAUACAGGAGAGAGACCCUACGAAUGUAGUGAGUGUGGAAAAGCUUUCAAGCAGAGCUCAGAGCUGAUUACGCAUCAGAGGAUACACAGUGGAGAGAAACCCUAUGAGUGUCAUGAGUGUGGGAAAGCCUUCAGUCUCAAUUCGAACCUCAUAAGACAUCAGAGAAUUCACAGUGGAGAGGAGCCGUAUCAGUGUAAUGACUGUGGCAAAACCUUCAAACGGAGCUCAGCCCUUGUUCAGCACCAGAGAACCCAUUCUGGGGAUGAAGCGUACAUAUGUAAUGAAUGUGGGAAGGCUUUUAGGCACAGGUCAGUACUGAUGCGCCAUCAGAGAGUCCACGCUGUUAAGUAAUGUAAUACAAUGACUUGUAAAUACAUCAGUAUAUUUUCUGUAGUAG